AUGAAUGGCGUGCCACUGCAGUGUAAAGCAUCUGGGACUCCUCUGCCAGCACCAGGUCCCGUCUUAUUAGGGCCAACUCUUCCACCGUCAGCUGCUGGUCCUGCAAGCCCACAAGCUUCCAAAGCAGUAGCACUUGCUCCAGCACCAGAAUCUGGCACAAUGAAACUCUCCGAGGCCGGUUUGGCGGAUGAUCAAUACGUGACAUGUUUCAAUGAUUGUGAGGACAAAUGCAAAAGUGAUGGCAAUGGUUACACCUUCUGCGAAAUGAAGUGCGACGCUGACUGUUUGGCUAAGCAGGCAGUUGAUGCAAUUGUUAAUGAGUUCAUCCAUAAGAGGCUGAAUUUAUUUUCCUUUGUACCAUAUCCUUCAUUGCCUUCUCUCCCGAUGAUGAAGGUCAUGAAAGUGGAAUCUUUACAGUUGAAGCUCCACUUCAUGCCUCAAAUGUUCAAGUUCUUGGCACCAUCACUGGGGUUGCAGAUAUAUGUUCGUAAGUAUCGUAAUAUACGGAAUAGGAAUCAAAAGGGUAAGACCAAGGGCACAUGA